CCAAUGUUUAUGUGCGAUUUCAUUCAUUUGGCGCAUACAGAAUGAGCUGAUUUCAUUCUGUCAUAUUUCGCGAUCAGCUGACUGACAAUAGUUAAUUUUCGUGAUCAGUCCCAUCAUGCCAUAAACACGGAUAUCGUCAUGGUCAACCAGCAGCCAGGACAGAAUGAGGUCGUCAAGUGCGUUGUCGUUGGUGACUCGGGGGUUGGCAAGACGUGUAUGAUCUGUGCCUGGGCCUGCGGAACUAAAUAUGACCUUCAUCAGCUGGUCAAGACUCAUGUAGCCACCGUCUGGGCGAUCGACCACUACCGACAUGAUCGAGAGGUGCUGGAGCGGUCAUGGUGCGAGGUGGAUGGUGUUCGAGUCUCGCUGCGUCUCUGGGAUACUUUCGGCUACCAUGAUAAAGACAGAGGUUUUGCCUACAGGGGGGCGGACGUGGUCAUCCUCUGCUUCAGUGUUAUGCGUCCCAACUCCCUGAGGAACAUCAAGAAGUACUGGUACCCUGAUGUGCGACGCUUCUGUCCCACCACACCCAUCAUCCUGGCAGGGACACAGGCGGACCUCCGCUACAUGUACAAGGAUGAGAACUACAUCAACAUGGAGAAGGGCCUGCUGUACAGACCUAUUGAAGAGAAAGAUCUGAUCACCUCUGAGGUUGGUCGUGAUAUUGCCAAAGACAUCGGUGCACCCUACUAUGAGACGAGUGUCCUAACCCAUCAUGGCGUCGAGGACGUCUUCAUCAACACUGUUAGAGCAGCCAUGAUUGAACGACGAAAACUCAAAUUUUGGAAUGCUCAACUCCGCCGAGUCCAGCGCCCCUUAAUUCAACCUCCAAUGAAGGUCCCGAAACCACUGCUGCCCAAAAUAGCUGUCCCUCCUCCAACGUUGUUGACUGAUAUCUCCCAGCUGCUGUACAAUCAAAAUGAAGGAGAUGCCGUCUUCUUGGUUCAGGACCGCUGUAUACGUGCUCACAAGAUCUGUCUUAUGGUAUCCUCUCCAUUAUUCGAGGAACUUUUUACCUUGGAAGCCCCUGUUAUAGUCCCAGCCGAGCAGAAGCAGACACAACUGAUGAGAAGUGAGUUUUCAGGGGAACAGAAUCACAACGAUGAAGAGAAGCUGCUGGAGAGUGAUCAAGAAUCGGUCAGCAUGGACGGAGAUUGUCUUCGUAGAUCAGUUGGUUAUGAAAAUGCAAUCACCACGCCAGACGCCAACAAUGGAAAUUUUCAAAAGUUAAUGUCAUUCACUCACCCCUCGAUCGCAUGCGCAGAAGUGAAGCUAGUUGACGAUCCUUUUCAUCCCAGUCAUUCGAUGGUGCAGACUUUUGUUACGAUGAGCCGUGAGAUUACUCCGAGGGCGUUCCAGCACAUCCUGGAGUACUUGUACACAGGACAGGCCUGGGAGGACUAUGAUGUCCUCAAUGAGGUCAAGCGAGCUGCUGAACUGAUGAAGCUGAAUGACUUCCUUAUCAUUAUAUCCAACAUGUUGUCAGGGGAACGCUUUCUCAAUGCUGAUAUUCAGAGACGUUUUCAGGAAGCUCGUUGCGCAAAGUUGAGGGAACUGGCAUUGGAGAAAGAGGUGUUAACAGACAUUGCUUUCAAGGUUGAUAAUGGCAUAGUGGCAGCCCACAAGCCCCUGUUGAUGGCUCGCUGUGAGAUGAUGUAUGCCAUGUUCAGCAGUGAUUUCAUCGAGUCCUCAGCCAAAGUGAUCCCGUUCCCGGGCAUCACGGAGGAUACCUUCAAGGCGCUGCGCGAGUACCUGUACACUGGGAGCCAGCCAGACAUGACCGGGGUCGACUGUAUCUCCCUCAUCGAGGUGGCCAACCGACUCUGUCUGCCCAGGCUCGUGUGUCUCACCGAGAACUUCAUCGUGCAGGAACUGCAGAAAGCAGAAAAGGAUGAGGAAGAUAUUCUUGAGGAGGUCUUGCUUAUCCUGGAACCUGCACAGCUUCACAACGCGUCGCAGCUGGCCAAGUGGUGCCUCAACUUCCUGGUGUGCCACCACAAUGAGCUGCACCACAAGUAUCACAAGAUGCUCAGGUCUCUCCAGAAGGACAAUCAGGAACACAUUGAGAAGCACAGGUGGCCUCCGAUCUGGUACCUGAAGGAGCUGGAACACUAUGACAAGAUCAUGCACAACUCCUCCCAGUAUCCCGAACAACAGCAGGAACAGGACUUCAACCGCUGGCCUCGCUGCACUGGCGGCUGCCUCUGCUUUAGUCGGCGUGGUCGAGCCAGGAUUGAUGAAGCCACAUCCAUUGAUAUGCCUUUCUGAGCUUCACCCAUUCACCAUCAUGGAAUAAUAUAAUGAAAAGUAAAGACCUAUGGCUUCGGUAGUUUUUGAAGCUCCUCAUUCCACUGAACCUGAUGUAGAUUGAUGAAGGCCUGUUCGUUUGCCGUCUGCUUCCCAUGACAUCUUUAUUUAACAAUGGCCAGUUACAUUGAGAUUAUUUCGAUUGAAGAGGCUUGUUGAAUCUUCAGAAGCUGUAUCAUGAGCUUUGUCCUAUUUCAGCCAGCCAAUGAACAAUGUCUUUGCAGAUUAUCAAUUACCACAUGUUUUGUUUGAAGUUAACUAUCUAAAGGUUUGCUGUUAUUGAGCCUCCAACUGGGAGUCAAGCCUUAAGACUUAGCCAGUUUGAUGAGGCAAUGGUCUAUGACUUUGUGUGUCUGGAAUGGUUGAUACAGAUUUGAGAGGACUGAGGAAGCGAUACAAGUAGUAUGAGUACCAGAUGAUCUUUUACCAGAACCUUUUGGGGAUGACCCAUGAUUGAAGACUGAUUGACCAUCUGGUCCUCUGUACCAUAUCCAGCUCACUGUGUGAAAAAAAUAGUGUCAUCCAACAUUAAUAAGUACAUAAAGUGUUUAGAAGUGUCACUAUUAACCAUUUUGACAAACAAUUCAAACCUUAGCAGUAAUGAUCACCCUUUAGCGUCAGUGGUACAUAUUUCACUGUCUCUCUGAACUCUAUUAUUAAGGCAUUAACAUGUUUGGAUUUUCCAAAUGAUCUUCAGGCAAAUGUUUCGUGAUGACUUGACUGUGUUUUCAAAUUUUAAGUACAAAUGGUAUAAAUGGUACAAAGUAAAUCAUGUGCUGAGCAAUGUCAGUAUAUUGAACAACUUCAAUGCAUUUAUUUAAAUCAUUGGCAACCAUGACCUUGCAGUUCAAGGUUUCAUAGCUUUCUAGUUUCAUUUUUCUAUCAGAGUCAGUGGUUUGAUAAAACUGUCCAUCAUAAAUCCAUUUGAUGUGAGAUUCAGAUAUGUACUUUGAGGUUUGAGUGGAGAGCCCUGAUACGAUGUUUCAAGGUCAUGGAAACAAGUGACCUCUGAGCCUGGACAGGGUAGGUCCAGAGGUACCAGUGUUAUGCAAGAUCAGGUGUUGCAUGAGCUGUCACGUCAUCAAUGUUUGUGAUUUCACGCUUAGUGUGGAUGGAUGACAAUAGAAGAACACAUUGAACCGGUUGAGUAUUUGAAGGAUGUAGUUAGCUUUGUCCAUCCUCACUCUGGACAUGACGGACAUGUUGGAAAAACACAAACUGAUGACUUGCUGGAUACUUGCAUCUACCAUUUCUUAACACAGGAACCGGUUGAGUAUUUGAAGGAUGUAGUUAGCUUUGUCCAUCCUCACUCUGGACAUGACAGACAUGUUGGAAAAACACAAACUGAUGACUUGCUGGAUACUUGCAUCUACCAUUUCUUAACACAGGAACCGGUUGAGUAUUUGAAGGAUGUAGUUAGCUUUGUCCAUCCUCACUCUGGACAUGACAGACAUGUUGGAAAAACACAAACUGAUGACUUGCUGGAUACUUGCAUCUACCAUUUCUUAACACAGGAACCGGUUGAGUAUUUGAAGGAUGUAGUUAGCUUUGUCCAUCCUCACUCUGGACAUGACAGACAUGUUGGAAAAACACAAACUGAUGACUUGCUGGAUACUUGCAUCUACCAUUUCUUAACACGGGAACCAGUUGAAGAUUUGAAGCAUUGUCCAUCCUUUGUGUGUCCUUCAUCAGAUGGAUAGGGUGUUGGAUAAUACCAUCUUGGGAUCCAUUUCGUACCAUCAGGAUGUACAUCACAUUACCUAUUCACCUGCCAUUUUGUGCUACAUUUGUACAUGUGCUGCUAUCAACAUCUAUAAAAUAUUCUCAUUUUGUUAACACAACCAUGGCUACGCAGAUAUGUAAUGUCUUUGAAUGACUUGGGUCAGUUGCAAUGUUGUAGUGGUAGCUUGUUAAUGAUUCACACACAGGUUGGUGUAUUGAAUAAGCUGUCUGUGUUUAAGAUAUGAUAGAUAUAAUUAUAGAUGAAUACUGAUAUAUGUUAUUUGUAUUUGGGGAUAUAUACAGUUAUGCAGUUUUGUUACCAUGGAUAUGUGUUUGUAAUGCACUAAAAAAUGGCCAUUUAAAAACUGAAUAAAAAAAGCAUUAUUUUGUUCAGAUUGAGAGGUUUGUAGGGAGGGUGCAUAUUUUGUAAAACAGUUGUGUGAUUUCUUGUCAUUGAUGAGAUUAUACAAGACUUUGAUCUGAUUUUGCUUUAUUUGAUUUGUAUAUAUAUAUAUUUACAGCCAUAUAUAUGUUAUGUAUACAUUCUAAUAUGUCAAAUGUACGAAAUAUUUUGCAUGCAUUUUGUAGAUGAAUUGAUAAUAUUUCUUGUAGCAGACAAUCUACAAGACAAUCCAGAAUAUAUCCAGAGAUCCUAGCUAUCAAUCUUUGUCCUGGUGAGGAGACAUGUCAACAGCAUACAGAAGAGCAAGAAUACAAGAACUAUUUUCUUUGUAUCCUUACAGACCAAGGAACUAUUUUUUUUAGGACAAGCUAUAAUUUCAAAUAUUUUUACAUAGGUCUAUGCUGGUUUGUUUACUGAGCAUUUAUUGAUUAUGAUAUUGGCAUUUUGAAAAUUUGAAAGCAAAAUGAAGUCAAAACAAAAUUUGUUUAAUGUGUUCAAGUAGCAACUAGCUGCCAUUUGAUAUUGAAAUGAUUGCACAUAGUUUAGUCACAGAAAAAAACAGUUUGUGUCAUUGCUUACUGUUUUAAAUGACUUGUGACACAUGUCACAUGACUUGACUUGAAUGUCAGAUAUGUCACAUGACUUGAGUUUUGAAUGUGAUGACUUCUUCAUGUACAUUUGAUGUCCUUUGAUGUUAUUCGUAAUGUCUUGAUUGUGCAAUGAGAACUUGCUGAGAGUUAUGAAUGUGAUGCUACUGUCAGUGAUACAUGUUGCUUUGAAAACCAGUAAUAUGCCCUAUGUAUAGUAUGGGUAUACAUUAGAGCUGGGACGAGUCCAAAUUUUAGUAUCUGGUACCCACACCCCUAUUACCCGACCCUACCUGGGUACCCGCUGUUGGUGUCAAGAGAUAAGUACAAAAUGUCCGAUGGGGAAUAGUUUGACAGUAGCCCUGGUAAAAUGUAUAAAACGAUGUGGUCAUGCAUACACUGAAGUUGACUGAAGUUUUAUCUUUGUUCAAACAUAUAAGUCAGAAGGAAUGCGUUCAUAGUCAUGAAGAAACGCGAACAGUAGAGACUUUGAAUUGUUGUGAAACCAUGAAGGGAUAGUGAAUUAUUUUCAUGAAACAAUAUAUCUCGUGACUAACCACGGGUCGGGGUAGUCCUGUGAGUACCUGGGUCCUACUCAGUACCCACCUGACCUGAGUACCUGAGUUACCCAUCCCAGCCCUAGUAUACAUGUUUUAAAAAGUAAUCAAUUUGGACAACUCGGCUGAACAUCUUGCAAACAAAAUUUAUUGUUUGUAAAUUUGAUUGGUGCAUUAAUUUUUAGAUGAUGCAAGACUCACAGGAGAAUGAUUUGAUGGUAUAAUACGAAAGGCAUUAUCAAGUUGUGUCUAUAUCUAGGCAAAUAUUUUUGACAUUUUGUCACUAGUCAAAUGUACCUUAAUGUUGAGUUGUCAAAAUUCUGUGAGACAAUUUCUGCUGUCCUUGAAGUUGUAGCAGGUACUCCUUCUUGCUCCAUACUUCAUCUCAGCCCUGUAGUACGUAAUUUCCAGUUGUUGAUACAUGACACUGUGUACAGACAGUUUACAGCACAUCCAUUUGCAUCACUAGAAUGUGACUGAAAUUCUUUAUCUCUUUAAUAUUGGUUAGGGGGCACAGGUGGCACAGUUGCAGAAGCAUCCCUUGGUCACACCAGAAACCUAUGAUUGUGGGUUCAAAUCCUGGUUUGCCCCAAUUAUGUUUCUAGGUUUGUCAGCACUAUACCUGUGCUUUUGGGUUUCACCGAAGUGGUAAACAUCUAAGACCUGCAUUACUUCGGGCUUUCCUCCCACAUUAAGCUGAUACACUGUGAUGUAACUGGAAUAAUGUUAAAAGUGGUGUUAAAACCAACUCACUCACUCACUCAUCUUGGUUAAACUUGGUUUGAAUAUCGUAAUACAGAUUGCUAUGGGUUUGACUUGGAUGAUAAAUUUUGCUGUUUAUAUGUAAAUGAUACUGUAUUACAAAGCAGUUAUUCAUUAUGAUAUCAAUGUCUGUCACUAUGGUCAUUGGUUACUAAGUCCCCAUAUUAUCAAUGUUUGCUAUUCCUUUGUUACCGUGCAUGCAAGAGACAGAUAAAUAUCAACAAUGUCACAGGUCACGAAGUAGUAACACCAAAAUGCAUUUAACAUGAAAACAAAUCUGCAAUGUGCAGUUGCCUUUGUGCACAUAAUGUACAAUUAGUCCAAUGUUUAUGUCAAGUUCAUUCUCAACUGACAGUUUCUGCCAAGAUUUUACCUGAAGCAAGUCAAGAUGUUUUGUCUCCACAUUAUAUACAAAAGCACAUUUGUUCCUCAUUACUGCUAAUACUGUUAGUUGUGGUCAGAAAAUAUGAUUACAUGCAUUGAGUGAGAGAGAGAGUAUGUUUUUACGCUCUUUUAGCAAUAUUCCAGCAAUAUCAUGGCGGGGGACAUCAGAAAUGGGCUUCACACAUUGUACCCAUGUGGGGAAUUGAACCCAGGUCUUCAGUGCGAUGAGCUUACGCUUAACCUGCUAGGCUACCCCACUGCCUGAAUUACAUGCAUUGGAAACAUAAUGACAAAAUAAUGUGUUUCAAACAACAACCUCAGACCCCUCCUCCCUAAAAUAAAUGGUCUUGCCCAGUCUUUUGUAUGCUUCUUUUGCUUCAGUUUAAAGUGGGCUGGUCUACUGUAGGUGGGGCAAGAUGGAAAUGACUUGUCAUGAAAUCAAGGACACAUUUUGCGCUGUGUUUGUCACCUGUUUAGUGUUAUGAACCAAUGGCCUUGACCUUCUCAAAUGUGCUUUAUGAACUCUGAUAGCGAGCUUGAUGCACCAUGUGCCUAGUUGAUCGUGUAGCUAGCGUGUGUGUAAAUGUUCUUCAGUACUGACCAUGCCAUGUUGUGAAAUAAACAUAUCACCUACUGCUAAACAAACUUAAGUAAAAUCGAUUUGGGAUAGUAGGCUGUCUGAGUGAAAUGGAAGAAUCCAUUUUCUGUGAACAGGGGAGUGAUUGUGUGUCAUUCAGUGGACAUGGAGUUCAUGCUGUACGUGUAUUUGUCGACCCGACACUGUUGCUGUUCACAUUAGUGAAUUGAUUGUCAAAGAUUAGUUCUCCUCCACUCACAUAUUUUUCAUUGAUUUUUCCAACAAAAAUCAUGGUUGGAAACCUUCCACCCCUGCUGUUGUUAUGAACUGUACAGACUAUGGAGAUCCAUGGGUUAAAUUGUCAGGUUGUGAUUUUUCUUAAGUUUGUUUAGCGGAACAGUUAGUUAACGUGUCCGUGCCCAUCCUCCUGGAGCUUAUCUGUAGCGUACACUGAAACCCUUCUAGUCUGGACCCUAACUCUAUAUAUAUACUGUUUAUUUACAAAGGGACGUCAAAAGUUCUUCUAACCCGACUUCUAACUCAUGCUGAAUACAAUAAAAAAUCCAUUGAUACAGUUUGUGCCAAACACUUUUGAGACUACUUGCCCGAUUGCCAGUGAAUUUAGUAUUAUUAUAGGUAUUAUUAUUAACUGAGCUUACAAGACCAAUGACUAUAAUUCUUGCAAACCCUCUACCUCUAUUACAUCUUUGCCAUAAAUCCUGUAUUUUGGCUUUAAUCACACUUACUAAAAUUUUCAGAUUUUUAACAGACAUCCUCUUCACUGUCAGUUGCACAAUUAGUUGUUCCCAAUAUAGCACUAUAGCAGCCCAAGCUAUGACUACGUAAUGGUCAGAACCUCAGUACUUUCCUGUGUGGGCUUGAGUCAACACCUAUUGUUAAAAUUGUAACUAUCUAGCACUUGGUAUUAGUCACAUUAAUCUAAGAUUUUCUAUAAGUUUUCUUAAAACAAACAUUAAGUCCAUAUUAAUUUUACUGGACUCAGGCUUCAGACUUGUGUCUCAAGUCACAGGCAUUGAUGGUAAUCAUCAGUGACCAGUAACACUUUCGGACUAUGACUCUCUACCAGUUCUCCAUGCUUGAGUUUACUACAAUUCAUCCUUGUAGGACUAACUACAUACUCUGAGGACUAGCUUAUUAAGUUUUGCACUAGUCCUCUGCACUCUUACUCUUAUUUGCACUAGUCAUUAAAUAAAAAUUUUCUAAGGCCAACCUUACUUCGAAAUGAUACAUUAAUCUGUAAAUUUUAAAAUCAAAACAGUAUCACUGGGAACUGUGUGAUGAAGAUUAGCCAGGUACCAUUGUAGGGUGGUGUAUAGCUUCCAUGACAGGGGUUUCAGGUGGUACUCAUAUCUUCCCAAUUGGGAUGUAAGCUCAAUGUCAGAUCAGUGGACUAUUUCUUACAAACAAAGCAGUUCUUUGUAAACGACUAGAUUAGCAAUUUGUAAGGUUCUACCAUCAAUCAUGUCUCAUUGAGACCAAAACCUGUUGAAAAUUUGAUAAUAUCCUAUUUAUACCUUGUUUUUAACAAGUUGUUUUUUAUUGUAGUAGGUUUGAGCUCACAAUUCAAGUAUUGUGGAUAGAACUUUGUGGAUAUAACAUUUUGUAUAUAUAUUUAUAUAAUUAUAUCAGUGUAUACCAAUAUACUCAUACAUGUAGUUUGUUAAUGGCAAAAGGUAGCUUUUUCCUGAAUAUUGUCAGAAUACAGUCGCAUAGAAUAUACUAAUAUUUGUGACUACAAGGGUCAAUAUACAUGAAGCUAGGCAUUGUACGUGGCACCUGUCUGUACUGUUGCAGUAGCAAUUAUGAUGGUGAUUUAUUUGUAUUUGUGGUACUAAUGUUGGUUUACAUGAAUUCAGUAUUGAAAACUCACGCACACUUGUACGUAUUCAUGUGUCAUGGUCAUAAUGUUGACUGUAUUUUGCCUGUGAUGUUAGACAAGUUUUUGCACAUACCAAGGGAGAUCACUCUGUGCAAACUGGACUUCCAUUUAGCUUCAUACAAAUACCACUGUCUAUGUAUAAUAUUUCAUCUAUUGAGGGCAGUUGGACUCAACAUGCUCACUGUCCCAGUACAAAGCACUUUGAUGAUAAGGGAAAGGGGUCUACUGUCACCAUUCUUAAAUUUUCCGUCAGUUAGGGUAAUAAUACACAAAUUCAUGUUUAAUAUUUUGAUUAUUACAUUCCAUUUUUCCAAUUUAUGGCCCUUGUGAUUUGUAUGAAAUCCUCCAGUCAAAAAAAUCUUAUUCAGUGCCAUGGAACAGUUAUGGCAGAUAUGUGGCCUUUUUAUGCUUGUGAAAAUCUGGACUUUAUGAUAUUUGUUGUCAGAAGAUUUUUGUUAUACAUAGAUGUAAAUGAUGUUGUUUUGAAAAAUAUCUCAAAAUAUUUGGUCAAUGGUUUCUUUAUGAAGCUGCUUGGUUGAAAGUUUUGGCCUUUACUGAAUAUGUGACUUCGAUGUGUGUUGAGUGAUGCUUCCAUGGGUUGUCUUCCCCCUGCUUAUGGGUCAUGUCAAAAGUAUACAAGUCAUUUUCAAACAUCUAUGGAGGUUGUGUGUCAUGGGUAGUGGUAAAAGAUGGAUCUAGCUAACCAGUCUUUCAAACUCACAUUUAUGAGUUACAUUUUCAGCGAAAAUUAAUUUUUAAAUGAAAUUGACAUGUGUACCAUUGACAUAAUCCCUUGAUAUACUAUUCAUAUUUAUUUAUACAUUCUAGUCCCCGUUUAACCCUAUGAUGAGAUUUGAUGAACUUAAUUGAGUUUAUCCGUCCCACAAUCUUUAUUCUUAAUACUACUUUCUUAACAAAGUGCUUUCAUAUAGUGAUCACAUUGAAAUCUGCAUUUCAGUUAUAUAUACUUGAUUAGGUUUGACUUUUUCACUACUUCUUAGUAUUUAUGGUGGGAUUGUGAAUGAAUUUGUCUUUUCUUUAAAAUAAAUGCUUGUCUGAAAGCUUAUUCUGAUCUUGAGACUUUUAGCAUAACUUGUAAUGAUCUCACAAAUAUAUUUGUGAGAAUUUUGCCUUUUUAAUUUUGUGAUCAAAGACGAAAGUCAGAUAUGAUGAAUUAAUAUUUAUUCUGGAAACAGUGGUACUACAGGUGUACCAAUGAAUGAAGUUUUAGUCAUAUUAAGAAACUAAUUGUUGGUCUCAGGAAAAUCACGUUUUGAUUAAUUUUCUUUGUGCUAUUGCCAAAAUGUGCUAAAAUGUUUUUUGAACACCCCAUUUCAACUGUAGUGCUGUUAAAAAGGGUUUUUUGAAAGUACUUAAACCCAACUACCAGUUAACAAAUUUAAGAGCUUUUGCCCUUGAUUUAUGUAUGUUUGUAUCUUUUCAUUUCUUGUUUUUUAAAAAGAUGUAAGCUGAUUUUUAUUAUGUAUGUACUUUAUCUUCAUGAUUUUUUUUAUCCAAAGUUUAAAAACCUGUCUAUAUUUGUAUGGUUUAGGCCUGUAGUACUCAAAUGUAUAACAAGUGAUAACGAAUCUAAAUUCAUCAAUGUUGAUUAAUGAGAUUACAGUAAGUAUAACUAAAAUAAUUUUUCUGUUCUUUAAAACUAGUUUUUAUUAUUCAUUGCUGAAUUGGGUGCUGAUUUUAAGAAAUAUGUGUAUCUACCCAUCAGGCAGUUAAUAGGUAUUUCAAAUAUAUUUUCAGUCAUUCAUUAUUCUGAUAUUUCCAAUCAUUCCCAGCGAUGUUCAUUCAUGAAGUCCAAAAUCAGUCCUAAAGGCCAUUUUCAAUAUGAGCCUCUGUCUACACUCAGGUGAUUAAACAUUACUGGUGCCACACACCAUUGUCUCUAGGGUUUAAACCUUAUACAGUUUCCAAGCCAUUUACAUGUGAUAGCUGAAAUAUGGAAAGGAUAAGGUAUGGUAAGGGCCCAUUUUGGCCUCAGGAUCUGUAUAUUUUAAUAAAAGGGCAAAACUUUAAGAAGUGUUAUGGAAAUUAUCCAAUGUGCUUUAAUAAUACCAUAUGUAUUGGUAAUUUUAAAAUUGUCAAAGGGGUGAUGUUAGCUUUUCUAAUAUCUUAUCAUGAGCAAGUCUUGGGCUGAAUCUGAGUUUCUUCGGAGUAAAAACUUGGAGAGAACAAAUAAUCUGGGGUUAUCGACUUGCUCAACAGAUCUCACCUUUCACAAGUAUUAAGUAUACUUAUGUACUUAAUCAUGUCCAGAGCCCCAAACCUGCAGAUGUAAGGAAGAAAAAAGGUUACCGUAUAUCACCUUCUAUAAAGCCCCCUAAUUCUAGGUACGAAAAACACACUGGAGUACGGUGGUUUAGUUGAAUUGUCAUCACAUUUGUCGUGAAGUUCAGAUGAAUGAACACCCCUCUUUCAGUAGAUAGUGACUGAUAAUUUAUUCUAUACAAAGUACCAUCACAAUAAUACAAUGUAGAUGCAUCCUUAGGGACAGUGGAAACUAAAUGCAAGACACAGUUCAUGGUUCACCAUAUGAUAGGAGUUGAGUAAAAAGGGCCAUAUUUAGGUGCCAAUACUGAAUACAGAUACGGACAGUAAAGAUCCAUCAAAUAUAUUGUACAAAGCUGGUCUUGUACUUUGAAACUUUCUGAUUUUGGACUCUUGACUAUCAUCUAAAGACAUUCUAGAUACAUAUUUCAUUCCGUGUGAUUUGCUCAUUUUUAAUAAUAUAAUAUUGAUUUGUUUUCAACCAUAACAUAGAAUAUCUCCAUCUUACAUACAUAUUUUUUGUUUGUUUUAAAACCCCAGUUUAAAAUUGAGUAAAUAAAACAGUUUUUAAUAACUUUGGAUGAAUUUUCAUUAACAAUGAUAAUGUUUACAUCAAAAGUGUUCAGAAGUGUAUUCAUAAAUUGUUUUAAGUACUGUAUAGUCAAUCGUAUUUGUGACUUUCAACUUGUUAUGAAUUACCGGUAGUUGUUUUUUGUUCUUGAUAUUAUAAGGGCUGGGCCCUUCCAUACCCAUAGCUAGAAAUCUUGAUUUAUCUACAGGGGCAAUAUUUUGAUAAUCAAACUGUAUAGUUUAUAUUUGUUUGUUAUGAUCAUACUAUUUGUAUUAUGUUUAUUGAUCUGUAGGGUAUUGAGAAUGUAGCCAACAAGUUUAGCCAUAGCGAACAAACAGUUCAACAAAUACUGGUGAAUGGGUGCUAAGAGUUUAAUCCAAUGAAGAUUUUGUAGCAAUUUUAAUAUUUUACCCAUCUGUUAUAACUUGGGGACAUUCGUUCUUAGACAUAUGUUAAUGGCAUUAUCCACACCAGGUAUGACUUGUCUCAUCCUUUUAAACUAAGAUCAUGUUAGCAUUUAAAAAAUAAAAUUUCACAAAUUUUUAAAUUUUCUUCCAUAAUGAAAAUUGUGUUGAAUGAAUUCAAAUAUGGAAUAUUUCAUGUCACUUAGAUUUGUCAUUGUAAAAAACAAACUUUCAUUCUGAAUUCUUGCCAGCAAUUUCAUGUGCAAUCCGUUCAAACCUUUGUGACACAAACUAUCGUAAGAGACGUUUUCGAGGUCUACAUUAUUUUUCACAGAAUUCCUUGUACAAGUUCUUGUCUCUGAUGGUAGAUAUCAACCAUGAGCACGUGCUUCUAAGCUCUGGCUCUCAAUUUUUUAAACAAAAGUGUUAAUACACAAUGAAUAAAUCAAUGUCGAGUCUUAUUUAUUUUUUUGUUUUUGUGGCAGUAUUUAUUGGGGCUGGUAUUGUAGUAUUGUGUACACAGAAUGACUUUUCUAUUAACUUGUUGUGACAAGGUGGGCAUAGUCCGAAAUAAAACACUUUGUGCAGAGUUGUGUCCCUUAGCCAUUGCAGGAUCAGACGGCCUGAUGAUGUUCUGUCAGCACCAUGGUGUGCUUGUAAAUUUUAUGAAAGUGGUUAAUUUUUGCAACCAGAGUAACAUAGUGCUGUCCUUUACGAAGCUGAACCCAUGAUACAAACAUAUUCUCAUACUCUGGCAUACUGACAUACCAAUCCAGCCCUAGUAAUUACAGUAUGUAGCAUGUCUGAAAAUACUGCUUUUUGUACUUGAAUCUGCCAUAAGAGAUGUAUGAAGAUAUUGUGUAGACAAUGUGGUGUAGGAUGUCCAAUGUGUCAUGUAAUUGGUAUCUAUAUUCUCUGUAAUAUUGGCAGCAUUGCUACUAGCUACAGGUAAAAUGACAAUAUUUUUGGUUUAGAAUAACAUGUUUAGAUAUAGUCUUUUUGAAUUGUCACAUGGAUAUAGUUUAGAUUGUGCUAUGGGUUGAACCUUCUUCACCAAACAGCAUGAUGUCUAGUUUAGGUCUUGUCAACUCGAAGAUCAUCUUCCCGAGGAAAGGGAGUUAACUGACUUAUAAAAGUCCAGUUUCCACCCUUGCCGAACUAGGCUGGUAUUAUGGAGUUACAUUUUGGCUGGACUAACGAGUCUAUGCCUAG